GGCAUUUUUUGAAAUAUUGCAAACGAACCGGUCUUUAAACAUAAUUGUUUGUUUAAAGUUGUACCGGCCUUUGUAUAUAUUUCAGAAAUUUUAAAAAUUGGAUUUAGUGAGUGAAUUUUAGCUUAAAUUCACUCGCUUGUUGCUCGCGCCAGGCCGGUAGUCACGUGAGUAACAGACCCUAUAAAGCCAGAGGAGGUCACGCGCUGUCAGUUAGUCUUCGUUUGAGAGAAAGGCGAAGACUAUCUUCUUCAGCGGUCUGAAGGGUUCCGUUUGUGUGGUUGGUCUGACCAAAGUAAAUUAGUUUUCCAUAUGGCCUCCAUAAAGUUCGGAACCAGUACCAGUCCAUGCAAGGUGGCCUCUGAAGAGAGGGUAACAGAGGUUGAAGAUUAUGAUAGCAGGGGAAACUGUGAUCCAGACAAACUUCUACAGUGUCCUUUUGACAAAAACCACCAAAUCCGCUCCUGCCGCUUUCCUUAUCACCUGAUUAAGUGCAGAAAGAAUCACCCAAAACUGGCCAGUGAAUUGAAAACCUGCCCGUUUAAUGCUCGCCACUUGGUUCCCAAGCAUGAGCUUGCUCACCACACAGAGACUUGUGAGGACAGAAUAUCUGUGGACACUGAAGAUGUUGGAAGCAGAAAUGGACAUGUUGGCUGGGAUGUUCCAGUCAACACUUGGGUCAACCCAAACAUGACUGAGGACUGGGACAAGGAGGCAGAUAAUGUUCAAACUCCAUUUGUGUGGGGAGUAAGCUCCAAGUUGAACCAAAUACUGGCUGCCAGACCCAGUAACAACCUUGGUCCAAACUUCAGAGCUCCCAGUACGCUGCCGUGGCCCAAUUACGAGCUGUAAGCUCUUCCAAAGCUAUUUCUAUACAUGGAGUGUUCUUUGCUUGUUUUGAUCAGUUUGAAUGUGGAUAAAGUAUCUGAAACCUCUCAUG